GGAAUUUGGAUGUAGUGUAGGUUUCAAAGAAUGACAACUUGUGUCGUUUCUCGUGAGAAAUUUAUCGGAAAUAUUUAGUUUUCGUGAUUUUAUAGUGCUAGAUAUUAAUCAGAACACUUAGUGCUUUAUCUAUUCAUCAAAUUUUAUUUACAGAUACUGCAUUUUUCCUUUUAUUCCAUCGUUUUUUUCAACGAUUUAGGUAUCCUACAUGAUGGAAGAAACCGCUACGGAUUUAGCAUCGAUACCUCCGCCUCCAGGGAUAUCUCCACCACCUUUACCUCCAGAUGAUGCUCCACCAUUACCUCCUGCCCCUCCCAAGCCUGAACCCCAAGAACCACCUCCGGAUAAUAAAAAUGUCCAGGCCGAUUGGAAUAAUUACUUGGCAUACAUGCACAAUUUCAAUAAUUAUGCUUCCUACGGUGCGUACAUGCCCCAAAAUCACUUCGGUUGGGGUGGUUUCCCUUAUUUUAACAAUAAAGUUCAUCCCCCUUUACCAGGCACUAUGCCUAAUCACAUGAAUAACAUGAAUCCUUAUGCAAAUAAGCCUGUUAGGUUUCAAAUAAACGGUAAGAGAUUACCGAUGCAGAAUGCUUUAGUCAGCAAUAAUUCGCCUAAUAGUGGCGCAGCUAAGAAGAAGCGUAAGAAAAACAGGAAUAAUAAACAGAAUAACCAGAAUUUUAUGUCGUUUGGGAAUCAUUUUAAUACGCCACCGCCACUACCUCUGCCAGAGGAUGUGAAAAAUAUUCCUAAGCCAGAACCCCCUCCGGAAAUAUUACCUCCCUUACCCCCCGAUAAUCCUAAAACUUCAGAUUUGUCCCAGAACAUGGCCAAAGUGCAGGAAUUGUCUGCCAAUUUUUCUGUGCCUCCUCCAGGUGGUUCUGUUCAAAAUACAGGACAGAACCCUGUUCAAAAUGGCGGGCAGAACGCGGCAGACAAUCCUACCGAUGAUUGGCCUCAAAGUUUGAAGGAUUACGUUCAUAAUUGUUAUUCGAAAUGCAAAACUACUAUUGAUAAGAAUCAGGUGGAGAUUAUCCUAAAGGGUAAAAUAACUCACGCAUAUCAAUCAGGGCAGUUAAACAAGGACUGGUCGAAAGAACCUUUGCCCAGCAUACAUUCAGAAACACAGCAAACUCAGCAACAACAAUCGCCUAAAUUUACAGGGCAGAGUAAAAUAAGCACUGGCGUUUUAGCCCAGUUCCAAAACACCCCCAAGAAGGGCUUAUCCCCCGCUUUGGGGGCCAGAUUGGGUGGUAAAAAUAAUUUCAGAGGCAAGAUAAACAAUUCUAGGUCGAGAUCGAGGAGUCCAAGAAGAGGAAGAAGCAGAUCUAGGAGUCCGAGAAGACACAAAAGGUCCAGUUCAUCCAGUUUAUCGAGCGAUGAAGAUGUCAAGCCCGCUGUCAAAAACACAAAGAAAAGUAAACUGGCAGAUAGGUUGGGCCCGCAGAAAGGUAAGCCUAACAACAAGAUGACCAAGAAACAGAAAGCCAAGGAGAAAAAGGCUAGUUUUUAUCAGUCGUUUGGACAAAACAUGGAAGAGAACAAUGAGGUGCUUCAACAGAGAGCCGCCAGAUUUAACAGUAUCAAUAGGUCUUCUAAUAGUCCGAGCGUAAGUUCUCAAAUUCGGUUCGCCAUAGACGUUGUGGGCGACGCCUCGGCCAACGAUUUGGACUGGACGGGCAUGCACAUCAUAGGAACGUGUCAGGACAUAGAAAAGUCGUUUCUUAGACUGACCAAAGCUCCGGAAGCUUGUGAUGUCCGUCCGGUGGAAAUCUUGCGGAAAUCUCUGGACAAUAUCAAGGAUAAGUGGCUGGAAAAGCAGGAUUAUUACUACGCUUGCGACCAGUUGAAGAGUAUCAGGCAGGAUUUAACGGUACAGGGAAUUAGAAACGAAUUCACGGUCGAGGUAUACGAAACGCACGCGCGCAUAGCUCUAGAAAAGGGCGACCACGAGGAAUUUAAUCAGUGUCAGACGCAACUAAAGUCGCUCUAUAACGAGGUCGGCGGUAAAAAUCGUAGUGAAUUCAUCGCCUACCGUAUCCUGUACUUCAUCUUCACGAAGAACACAUUGGAUAUAAUGACGAUACUGAAAUCGCUGCCCAAGGGCGACAAAUCGAACCCUUGCAUAGCGUUCGCGUUGCAGGUGCGAGCGGCGUGGGGCGCGGGCAAUUUUCACAAAUUCUUCGUCCUCUACCUCACCGCGCCGCUCAUGACCGGCUUCCUUAUCGAUUGGUUUAUAGAGCGGGAGCGAAAAGCGUACCUUAAGUGCAUCGUCAAAAGCUACCGGCAGACGGUCGCCGUCGAAUUCCUAGCCAAAGAAUUGGCGUUCCGCACUGUCGAAGAGUGCCUCGACUUUUUAGAGCCGUUCUCAUUGGCGUACGCCGACCCAGGAAAGAAAUCGAUCGAUUGCAAAAGUAGCAUGGCCUGUCUGGCCAAUUUCUGAGCUCAAGAACACGCUCCCCGAAUCCGUUUUCCAAUAAAAUAGAACUUAUAUUCCGAAAAAUUGAAAUUUUCCUAAAAAAUACGUUGUGGUCUACGAAACGUCUUCUGCAGCUGCUUUUUUUAUCAAUUUAGCGAGUAUUUUUUCACGAAGAAAUACGUUUUUUUCUUCCCAAAAGAGAGUCAAAGGCUAGUGAUAGAUUUUAAGGCCACGUUGAUUUUUUUUUUCGCCCUGUAUAUUACCAUGGAUGCUGAUGAUGACUGGUUGUUUGACCUGAAGAGAUAGAGGAUGGAUUUUUUCAUUAUAUAGGAGUUCCUUGUGUAUUAUGGAAGAUUUUUUGUCUUUUUUUCCCUCCAUGAUGGAAAUGCAUCAUGUUUUCUGAUGAAAUGGUUGCUAUUAUACUACAGCAUUACUGUUACUUGUGUAUAGUAAUUAUAAAUAUAUUUAGGUACCAAUAAAUCAACUGUUUUUUCU